CUUUGCGUUUUAAGCACUUGGAGCUGGGUGCACUGGAAUGAGUCAAUCAACAGAUGAUAGCAGCAGAGCAUACGCGUUCAGAGGAAGCUGCACAGAAGGCGAGAGGCAGAGAGGAAGGGCUGGUCAGCGCUCAAGGGACAUAUUAAGUAUGUAAAAAUUACCAAAAGAAAACGGCAGCAUGACAGAGGAGGGAGGGAGCCAUCGACUCGAGCCAUUCUCCUCCUCCUCCUCUGGGCUUGACAAGAGAAAGAAAUCAGCGGCGUAAUGGCAAAGUGAACCCGACUGCGGUGGGAAAUUCAAUCGCAAGUGUGCGUGGCUGGCUUGGAAGAAAGCAAUGCAAUUAGAGGGAGACAUUCGAAGCACCCAGUGUGCGGCAAAUAAGGAACACACGUCCUCCGAGGAAACGGAUCCAGCUCAAGGACUAGGGAAAUUCCGCUAAAAUCCAGGGAGUGGAUAAAUAAGGGCGAGCUCUUCAGCACAGGAGGAGAGGCACUGUGCGAGGACACAAGGAUCUAAUUCAUUACCCAACUCUUCAACAUUCAUCUUUGAAGCUUUUCGCUUUAGGGAACGGUCUGACCAUUGGGACCUAUAAUAAAGAGAUGGAUCCAAGGCAGCGUACUCAUUUUUAAAUACUCUUUGCGUGCAUCCAAGAAGGACCACGACAUAAAAUUGCACAAGAGAGAGAAGACCCUCAUGUGGUAGCAGAUGAGUAGUUUACGAUGCUGGUCUUUCAUCAGGACCGCACUGGGCCGGAGAGGAAGACCAAGCUCCUAGAAGUUACAGUAUGCCCCAGUAGUAGUAACACAUGCUCUCCGAACAAAUCCUACCGGGUGCUGAAAUGGCCUUGCCUGUGAACAUGUCUGGAUCCGGCAAUGGAUCUGCACAGCCAAUCACAGCGGAGGGGACCAUGUUGCGCUGGGCAGCUCUGCUCAUUCUGAUGGUCAUCAUCCCCACCAUUGGGGGGAAUAUUCUCGUCAUACUGGCCGUAUCCUUGGAGAAAAAGUUGCAAUAUGCCACCAACUACUUCCUCAUGUCUCUGGCAGUGGCCGAUUUGCUAGUUGGUUUGCUUGUGAUGCCGAUAGCACUUCUUACCAUCAUGUUUGAGAUUGCAUGGCCUCUUCCGCGGGAGCUGUGCCCCGUCUGGCUGUUUCUGGACGUCCUCUUUUCCACAGCCUCCAUCAUGCAUCUGUGCGCCAUCUCACUGGACCGCUACAUUGCCAUAAAAAAGCCAAUCCAAGCGAGUCAGUACAACUCACGGGCCACAACACUCAUCAAAAUCACAGUGGUCUGGCUGAUCUCAAUAGGCAUUGCGAUCCCGAUCCCGAUCCGCGGCAUAGAAGAAGGUGUUGAAAACUUCCCAAACUUCACCUGUGUGCUGACACCAGAACGCUUUGGAGACUUCAUGCUCUACGGUUCAGUGGCUGCCUUCUUCGUCCCGCUGGCCAUCAUGGUGGUCACUUACUUCCUGACCAUCAGAGUUUUGCGCAAGAAAGCCUACUUGAUCAACAAACUGCCCCAGCGCUUUACCUGGAGCACAGUGUCGACGGUGUUCCAGCGGGAUAUGACGCCCGGAUCAUCACCGGAAAAAGUGGCCAUGUUGGACAACUCCAAGAAGGACAGGCCUUUGCCUAACGGGAAUGAAGAACUGCUAAUGCGCAGGAUGUCUACCGUCGGGAAGAAGUCGGAACAGACUAUUACCAAUGAACAGCGGGCCUCCAAGGUCUUGGGUAUCGUAUUCUUCCUCUUUUUGUUGAUGUGGUGCCCAUUCUUCAUAACCAACAUCACUUCCGUUCUGUGCACGUCCUGCCGCAAGGAAUUUAUCCAAACACUUAUGGAGAUAUUUGUCUGGAUAGGGUAUGUUUCGUCAGGCGUGAACCCACUGGUCUAUACCCUCUUCAACAGGACAUUCAGGGAGGCAUUUGGCAGAUAUAUCACUUGCAAUUACCAGACCUCAACGCCUGGAUCCGCCAUUCGGAAGUGCUCCAGCAGGCUCUCGUUCAGAAAUUCCGUGGCAGAGAACUCAAAACUUUUCAUGAUGCACCACGGAAUGCGGAAUGGGAUUAAUCCAGUCAUGUACCAAAGCCAUCGGCUUCGCACCUCGCCCAUCCAGUCUCCGUCGGCCAUACUGCUGGAUACACUGCUACUUACAGAGAAUGAAGUUGGUAAAACAGAAGAACAAGUCAGCUAUGUAUAGCUGAAGAGAAAAGACAGGCCAUACCCUAAACUCACUGAUAAAUGCCCAGUAUGUAUAUGUGGUUCCCAUCUGUUAUUUAUACAAGUCCAAAUCAUAGUUUUAUCAACUGCUCUCCUCUAAGAGUAGAGGCUUCUCUCACUCAAAGGGCCACCUUCAUUUAUUCUUAUUUAUCAGCAAUUUAUCCUACCAAAAAAAAAAAAAAAGUAUUUGAGCACAGUGGUUUACAAAACAGAGGUGUUCAAAUAAAUACAAUUAUGGUAACUAUCAUGUCUCAGACAUUGGAUUCCCCAUCCCGUCUCUUCAAAAGGCACAUUAUUGCUAGGAUGUCUCUAUAUAAGGAUUAUAUAGGACCAUCCUAUAGAGCGACAUUUUACAUUAAGAGGGAAAGGCCUGCACUUUCAAACUCAAGUUAUGCACUUCCAUGAAAGGGUGAUUAAGCUUGGAAAGGAAGCGCACAUCUCAAGACCAUUUAGGAAUCCUCCCCACCCAACUGAAUACAGCUGUUUACAUGGGGGCUAGUUAGAAAGGAGAUGAUCAUAACCUUCUCUGCUAUUAUUGUCCCAUUCCCCCACAAAAAGAAUUCUAUCCAAUAAAGCUCAAUGGUGCAAUUUGAAUAACAUCAAUGCAUGGAACUGCAUUCCAGUCGAGGUCAGAGAGGUGUCCUCCCUACUGAAAGCUUCUUUUUUAAUCCCACCGGCAUUUCCAUUGGAAUUUAAUUUUAUAGUUUUAACCAUUUUUUUGUAUUGUAUCUUUGCAAACUGCUUAGAGACUAUUGUAGUU